GUAGAAAAGUAAAUGUAGUAGAAGAAUCAGGAGAAAUAGAAGAAUUAGUUGGAAUAGAGGCAACAGAAAAAAUAGGUGAAAUAGAAGAAAGGGAAGUGGUAGAAAUGUGGAAAAUAAUAGAAAAGCAGAAGCAAUAG